UUCGCAUCUGGGACGUGCGGCCCUUUGCCCCCAAGGAGAGAUGUGUGAAGAUAUUCCAGGGGAACGUACAUAAUUUUGAAAAGAACCUUCUGAGGUGCUCCUGGUCCCCAGAUGGGAGUAAAAUUGCGGGAGGAUCGGCCGACAGGUUUGUCUACGUGUGGGACACCACAUCCAGGAGGAUUUUGUACAAGCUGCCAGGCCACGCUGGGUCGGUGAACGAGCUGGCUUUCCAUCCGGAGGAACCCAUCAUACUCUCCGCAUCCAGCGACAAAAGGCUGUACAUGGGGGAGAUCCAGUGA